CAAACUUUUUACAUUCUGACAUACUUGAAUCGUAUGCCAUCAAACGUCAAGACUGGAUUUUAAAAAAUCAUGAAAACAACAUUAGCGUUUAAUUUAUAAUUAACAUAUUUAUAUAUUGGAUACAAUAUAUUGGCUUCAAUCUUCUACUGUAAAAAUAAGAGAUGAGCAAAAAAUUUGAAAACCCAAAGACAGUUUUGAAAAACACAGACAGCCUCCUACAAGAAAAAGAGUUAUUUGAUUAUUCUGUAAAGGUGGAAGAUGAAAACUUUCGAUGUCACCGUGUUAUUCUGGCAGCGUCGUCACAUUUCUUCAGAGCACUUUUUAGAUCAAACAUGAAGGAAGAGAAAGAGGGUUGUGUAACUCUAAGUGGGAUGUCAGCUCCAACGUUUCAAUUUAUUUUAAAGUCUUUGUACACCGGAGAGGUUGAUUUAAGGUCGGACAAGUUUAUAGAAGUAUGGCAGGCAGCUGAUCAACUUCAGGUAGAUUUUAUUGUGCAAAACUGCGAGGAUUUUGCUUGCGAAGUUAUCGCGCUUGAAAACUUUGAGGUCAUUUUUAAAACCGCCAAAAGUUUAAAUUCCAAAAAAGUUUUAGAUAUUCGGAAAACUUUUCUGCUGGAAAAAUUCGAUGAAGUUAGUGGAACAGAUGUUUUAAUGGACCUUGAAUUCAAUGACUUCAAUGAGUUGAUUGGCUCUAAUGAUCUAAAGGUGAGUUCUGAGGAUACAGUUCUUGCGACGGUAAUGAGGUGGAUUGAGUAUGUUUCUGAAAACUCCUUAACUAAAGACUGUAAUCAAGCUUAUUCCGGUAUAAAUAGCGUGGAAAAUACUUUGACAGAUUUUGAUAGUCUUGAUGAGUUCAACGACAGUGAAGUAGAGACAAAUGAAAAUAAAAGAAUCGAAGUGUUGAUAACUUUACUGAAGUCUGUAAGGACGUGUCUCGUAACUACCCCACUCUUGAAGCAUUUUUUAAAGCAUCAGCUAAUUGGUAAUACUGAAGCUAAAGAUAUCAUUGAAAAUGCUGUAUUGUAUAACACAACACAUAACCAGGGACAAUGGCUAACUGCAUCUAUACAUCGUGCCUGUGGUGAAUUUGAACACUGUGGUCUUGUGUGUAUUGAUAACAGCAGAAUUUAUACACUAACCGCGUCUACUGAAGAAAUUCACACGUGUGCAGCUAAUAGUGCUGUAAAUGCGAAUGUAGCAUUUGUUGUGUUUGACUCGGAUUUGUACAUGACUGGAAGCAAUGCUAAGUUUAAGAGAACCAGCAUUCUCUAUGUUUUAAGCGGCAAGUCUUGGCAGAAAGUAGCGCACAUAAAAGGACGUGAAUUGAUUUUAGUUUCGUACGAAGAUUGCAUAUUUGCUUUGAACAAGGCGAAUACAACAAUGUACACAAUAACGAAGCAAAAAUGCAACACAAAAGUUGAAGAAUUUACCAAACUACCGGACAGAUUAAUUGUGAAACAUGCUUUAACUUAUAAGAGGAAAAUUUUGAUUUUUUGUUCAGUGACCGUCAAUGGCGUAGAAAAAACAUGUGUGCAUCAGCUGGACAUUCUAACCAAGGAAUUAACAGAAUUAGAACAAUUGAAUGGACCAGCUGAACAGAUAAUAAGUUUCAGUGAUGACAACUAUACUUACGUUUUACAAACCAAUGGAAAUUUGUGGUCUAUUUGUUUAUCAGGAAGCACAGUUUCUUUCAAAUAUGUGAUCAAAUUGUGGACCAUACAUAGGAAGCUACACGGAGCUCUUACCUAUAGACAAAAGCUGAUUAUUUUUGGUCAGAACGCAAACACCGAAUCCGCCGAACAAAAACUACAGUAUCAGCUCGAUGGUUAUUUCAACAACAUACGUUACUGGGGCCAUGAUAGUACGUGCUCAAAUUUUGUACCUAUAAUCCUUCCUAAAUCUGAAUUGGUGCCAUAUCAAGGUGUUACUUGAUUUCAUUUUAUCCAUUCAUAUUACAAACAUAUAUUCAUUAAAACAACUCGCAUGUAGUAUGUGAUGAAUUUAUAUGUCUUAUAUAUUCAGUGACUUUAGACAGAUGUUUUACAGUGUUAUAUUGAUUAUAUUUUCUUACAAUGUAUGACAACAAACUGGACUUCACAAAAAACAAACACAUUUUUUUCCAAGCAGAAAUAUUUUAUAUUAGACUUUAGAAUUACAUUUCAGUCCAUUUGAAUUUUUGCUGCUUUGUACUAAUAUUACCAUGAACCUGUGUAUUCUUUUAAAGAAAUGUAUGUAAACUAAUAAAAAUAAAAAAUACAAGCAAAAUUAGGAAUAAGUCCAGCAUUAUUGAAAGCUUUAUUUUUGACAACUAUAUUCUCAUAACUGAUGUCUAAUUUUACAUUCUUCUAUAAGUAUUUUGGAUAUAUUAGGCAGAUUUAAAUGUUUAUAUACUAGUUAUGUUAUAUAAUGCUAUUCCUUAAACUAUAAUAUGAUUAUCAAAAUAAAUAUCCAUCGAAUAUACUUUAAAGAUUUUCUUCAAUGUUGUAAAAGUUUAAAUUGUAACACUAUAUAUGAAAUUAAUGUU